AUGUGUAGACUUGAACUUACGAAAACCCUUUCCAUUAAAGUUCGAUGCAGAAUUAAUUCACCGGCGACUUCUCUCUCCCCCCGCCCCUUCCCGCGCCGCCCGCCUUCCGCCGCCCGACGCAGCCACAACGACCUGGCCUGGAACCUCCGCGUACUCUUGCGCAACAAGCUGCAGGCCUUCAACCUGUCGCGAGACCUUACGCAGGAGAAGCAGUGGGGGAAUUCACCGUACUCGCACACGGACCUGCCGCGCCUGCGGAAGGGCCUCGUGUCGGCGCAGUUCUGGUCCGUGUACGUGCCGUGCGAGGCGCAGUACAUGAACACCGUGCAGCUGUUGCUGGAGCAGAUUGAUGCCAUCAAGAGGCUGCUCACCGCCAGCCCCAAGGAGACGACGCUCGUCACGUCCUCAACAGACAUAAUGAAAGAAUUUGGAUGUGGGCGUGUGUCGAGCCUGCUGGGCGUGGAGGGAGGCCACGGGCUGGGCAACAGCAUGGGCGUGCUGCGGGCGCUUUACGACCUAGGCGUCCGGUACGUCACCCUCACCCACAAGUGCCACACCCCCUGGCGACACGGGCGGUUCGAGGACUUCCGGUGCAGGAGCUCAAGGCACAUCAAAGGAAACGCAUUGUCGACCAUGACACUUUUCAGGCACACGUGCACGGGGAACGGGGAGCUGACCUCCCACCCUCCUCCCCCCGAGCAGAAGAUGGUCGUGGAGAUGAACAGACUGGGCAUGAUGGUGGAUCUCUCGCACUCGUCCGCCAACACCGCCCGCGACGUGUUGGCCACCUCGCUCGCGCCCGUCAUCUUCUCGCACUCCGCCGCCCGCGCCCUCUGCGAUAUCGAGAGGAACGUCCCGGACGACAUUCUCAGCGCCCUGGCGGACAACGGCGGACUGGUGAUGGUGAGCUUCUACAGUGACUUCCUUACGUGCGGAAAGCCAGCAGCCAUCUCUGACGUCAUAGCCCACAUCAACCACGUGAGGACCAUGGCCGGUGUGGACCACGUGGGCCUCGGCGCGGGAUACGAUGGCGUCAAUAAGACGCCCCAGGGACUGGAUGACGCCUCGCACUACCCGGAGCUCUUCGCUGAGCUGCUCCAGGAUCCUUCGUGGUCCUUAAAGGAUCUCAAGAAACUAGCGGGACUGAACCUGCUGAGGGUGUUCGGGGAGGUCGAGAAGGUGCGGGACCGGAUGUCGGCCGACGCGCCCUCCGAGGACAUCAUCCCCAUCCACGACAUCGACUCCCGCUGGCCCUGCAGGUACAAGUUCGCCAGCCUGGAGGACGCUGCCCGGACGUGACCCUGCCUGCCCUGAGGGGUUGGUGACCUCCUUCCUCUCGGUCCUCCUCAGGUCCCGCUCAGCCUGGCCCUCACCCGGAGGACUCCGCGUCGAGCUUUUUGGACGGUCAGCGGGCAGGAUCGACCCGCCAGGCCGUCGUCUGCCCCGAACUAACACAGCAAUAAUGCGCUGCCAUUCAAGGGUUUUCUCUCUGACCCUUUUGGCCAUCUGCUGUUGUCUCAUUCCUGGCCGGCUGGUGUUUCCUAUGCAUUUC